GACUUAUGCAUACAUAUGAAAACUUUCGCUCAAAAAUACACAAACUCGUUGCACUGUCAUUGGGUAAAUAUAGAAGCGACCAGAGAGCAAACAGUUUGAUUCUUAUCGGCGUGAAUGAGAGAGGUGCAAUAAUUGAGAAGGCAAAAGCUUGCGAGAGGCACACACACCCACACUUAUUGGCAAUAUUGCGUGAUCGCCUACAACUGCUAGUAGUCCAAAUGCACUUAGAGGCUAAAUAAAAUUGUGAUGUUUGGCUCGCAGCAGAGCCGCCUAUUGGGCGCAAGAAUUCUGCAGAAAGUAUCCUCCAUUCGUAUGACGACUUCAACGAAAGAGCUGAGAGCGACUUGUAAAAUGUCCGGCGAAAAGAAAUUUAAAAUUUUGGUAACACACCCAGAAGUGCCACAAGCUGGCAUCGAUCUGUUGUCACGUGACUGUGAGGUGACCGUAGUGCAGAGUUUGCCGCCAUUGCGUUCAGAGAUUUUAGAGAAAGCUAAAGGUGUAGACGCACUCUUUUGGGGCAGCCAUGAACCGCUCAAUGCCGAAGUAUUGGAUGUGGUUGGACCGCAAUUGAAAUCGAUUUCCACCAUGUCGGCGGGCAUAGAUUAUGUGGAUGUGCCGGAAAUUAAGCGCCGUAAGAUACCACUCGGCCACACGCCCAUCGUGCUCAAUGAAGCGGUGGCAGAUGUAGCGGUUGGUUUAUUGCUGGCGGCAGCGCGUCGCUUCCACGAAGGACGGGUGAAGAUUGAAACUGACACCUGGGAGGACUUCCAUCUCAAUUGGAUGUUGGGCCGCGAUUUGCGCGACUCCGUAGUGGGUUUCUAUGGUUUUGGAGGUAUUGCACAAAACAUCGCCAAGCGUCUGAAGGGCUUUGACAUUGAUAGCGUACUCUAUACGACACGUCGUCGAGUGGCGACUGAAAUUGAGCAGGAAUACAAUGCCAAAAAAGCCGAUUUCGACACGAUGCUGGCCGAUAGUGAUUUCGUAGUUAUUGCGGCGCCCUUGACCAAGGACACUGCUGGUGUUUUCAAUGCCACCGCUUUUGGUAAAAUGAAGAAGACUGCCGUGCUAGUGAAUGUUGGACGUGGAGGUAUUGUGAAUCAGCCAGAUUUGUAUGAAGCUUUGAAAACAAAUCAAAUAUUUGCUGCCGGUUUGGAUGUGAUGACACCUGAACCACUGCCCCCCAAUGAUCCGAUUUUGAGUCUACCAAACCUUGUUGUUCUCCCUCACUUGGGCUCGGCCACCGAACGCACCCGUGACGAUAUGUCUGUCAUAGCAGCGCACAAUGUUUUGCGGGGACUGGCCGGUGAACCAAUGCUCUCGCCCGCCUAUUAAAUGGUUAUGGAUAACGACAUUUUUCCAUGAAGCUCCCAUAGCAAUCCGCUGGGGUGUAUGUAUGUUUAACUCUGUAAAAUAUGAUGCCUUUUUGUAAUAAAAAAAUCCAUUAAAAAACACUGCA